UCCGGCAAGGGCAGCUUACUGCAAGUUGGAUAAGCUCUUACCUGAGACUCGAACAUGAUACGGUCCAAAACUUCUGUCCAUGACAUGGACAAGGAAAACAUUCCACCGGCCAAAACGAGCAGACUUAGUGUCAACUCCCCUGCAGCCUUGGACCGACUCACCAAGCCAUUCAAAUGUCCAGCCUCUGCCAAUGCCCGAAAGGCCCGUGGAGAACCACCAAGAAAGCGCAGAAAAGUCAACUAUGCUGAAGCUGACGGAGGAAGCAAUGAUACUAGUGGAGGGUUUAGUCUCGAGGAGGAUGUGGUUGCGCUAAAAGACAAGUUCCCUGUGUUCGAGGUCAGAGACAAGGAAUCAACCUUUCGGGCAAGAUUUCUGGUGCCGCUUAUCAACAAGAGUUCCAUCGAUCCCUCUCGACAAGCACCAAGUCUGGGUAUGAGAAGAGGACUUCCAUUCGUCAACAAACCACUUCACGAUCCCAGUGGAGAGUUUGCCAUCGUAUUAUAUGACCCAACAAUCGAUGGUAAACCCAACGUCCCUCUGGUAGACCCUCCGCCUGCGGAGCAACCAAAGCUGGACAUCCCUCUGAUGCACAAAAGUCUCAACGAGAUUCUGGGCAUCAAGAAACAAGUCGAAAGUGAUAGACCAGAAGUUCCUGUCGUCAUCAACCCGAAAUUAUCCAAAGUACUACGUCCACAUCAGGUGGAGGGUGUCAAGUUCUUGUAUAAAUGUACAACUGGACUGGUGGACGAGAAGGCGAAGGGCUGCAUUAUGGCAGACGAGAUGGGGCUUGGAAAAACCCUGCAAUGCAUCACGCUCAUGUUUACGCUGCUGAAGCAAUCGCCGACGGCCGGCAAGUCUACCAUACAGAAAUGCGUUAUUGCGUGCCCUGCAAGCCUCGUCAAGAAUUGGGCCAAUGAGUUGGUCAAAUGGUUGGGUGAAGGGGUGAUCAACCCAUUUGCCAUUGAUGGAAAGGCCACAAAGGAAGAAUUGACAACUCAACUCCGACAGUGGGCCGUUGCUUCUGGCAGAUCGGUGGCCAGACCUGUGCUCAUCGUCUCAUAUGAGUCGCUGAGACUCAAUAUUGAAGAGUUGAAAGAUGUCAAGAUUGGUCUUCUGCUUUGUGACGAAGGACAUCGCUUGAAAAACGCAGAGAGCGAAACUUACCUCGCUCUUACCGGACUCAGUGUCGAGCGUCGAGUUAUCCUUUCAGGAACGCCGAUCCAGAAUGACCUCACCGAAUACUUUGCUUUGCUGGAUUUUGCAAACCCUGGAUAUCUAGGGACUAAGGCUGAUUUCCGCAAGAGAUUCGAGCUACCGAUUCUCCGUGGUCGAGACGCAGCUGGGUCAGACUCUGACAAAGAAAAGGGCGAAGCAGCCAACGCUGAACUCGGCGCGAUGGUCAAGAAGUUCAUCAUCCGACGCACCAACGACAUAUUGUCCAAAUAUCUCCCCGUCAAAUAUGAGCACGUGGUGUUUUGCAAUCUCGCCCCGUUUCAAAAAGAUCUUUACAACCAUUUUAUCCAAAGUCCUGAGAUUAAAAGUCUUGUGAGAGGGAAGGGGAGCCAGCCUCUCAAAGCAAUUGGUAUGCUCAAGAAGCUGUGCAAUCACCCAGACCUGCUUGAUCUGGAACACGAUUUGCCGGGCAGCGAAGCUUUAUGGCCUGACGACUAUGUUCCAAAAGAGCAUCGAGGCCGAGACCGAGACAUCAAAUCCUGGCAUUCGGGAAAAUUCGCAGUCCUCGAACGAAUGCUUGCAAGGAUUCGACAGGAUACCAAUGAUAAAAUUGUUCUCAUCAGUAACUAUACCCAGACUUUGGACGUUUUCGAAAAGCUCUGCCGAGCUCGCAAUUAUGGGUGUCUCCGACUCGACGGGACGAUGAAUGUUAACAAGAGGCAAAAACUUGUGGACAAGUUCAACGAUCCUAACGGGGAAGAAUUUAUUUUCCUCCUCAGCAGCAAGGCCGGUGGCUGUGGGAUCAACCUGAUCGGAGCAAAUCGGCUCAUCCUCUUUGACCCAGACUGGAACCCGGCGGCAGAUCAGCAAGCUCUUGCUCGGGUUUGGAGAGAUGGACAGAAGAAGGAUUGUUUUGUUUACAGGUUCAUGGGGACGGGGACAAUUGAGGAGAAGAUCUUCCAACGUCAAUCGCACAAGCAAGCUCUGUCAUCAACCGUGGUGGAUUCUGCCGAAGACGUUGAACGCCAUUUCACACUCGACUCGCUGAGAGAGUUGUUCCAGUUCAAGCCGGGAACGACGAGUGACACCCAUGACACAUUCAAGUGCAAACGAUGCCGACCGGAUGGCAUUCAGUCCAUCAAGGCGCCAGCGAUGCUGUAUGGCGAUACGAGUACUUGGAACCAUUUUGUGAAUAACGGCGAGGAAGGGCCAUUGGGGAAAAUCCAAGACUUGCUGUUGCGACAGGAAGCUUCUGAGGAUGCCGUGAGCGCCGUGUUUCAGUACAUCAGCCAUUAGGGAGACCUUUGACGAAUUGUUUAUGUGAAGCAGUUUAAAGAAAUGAAGAACUCGAUAUAAAUGGCGGGCGAGAAGAUCUGUGAAGCUCUG